AUGAAAGCAAUUCCAGACACCCCCAUUCAAUUGUAUAAAUAUUUGUUACGGCAAAUACCACGACUUCCAAUUGAAAGUCAACCAUACUAUCGAAAUUAUGUGAAAGGCAAUUUUCGUGCCCACGCCGACGAAACAGAUCCACAGCGUGUCAACGAAAUUGUCAAGAAAUUCUACGAUGACUUCCAAUGGAUUCUCAAAAAAUAUGAGAACAGACGUGCAAAAUGA